AUAUCUCUUUCACUCCUUUAUCCUGAUCCCCAUCCUUUCGCAACUAAUACUAUUGUUUAUCAAUAGUAUAUAACACCUUCCCGAUACGAUGAUAUCGACGUUUCCCAGUGUAUACCCCAGAAAUCCUCUCUCCCACUUCGCUAGUAUAGAAUCUCUAUUCAUACGGCCCGCCAUGUGCUUGUGUACAUACCACCACUACCCCUGCGGGCACAUUGCAUCGUUCACAUUUGAGAGCUGUAUCGAUAUAACCAACUUGGUGCGAGCAAAUAUCAAUCCGCUGAACCAUCAUAAGAUCAAAAAGCUCGAUCUGUUAAAUGAACGACGCCCUCAUCGUUGUUUCAAGUGUGAGGAGAAUUCCAGAGGCGCAUCAACCGCCAAUAGCAACCAGUCAUCUUCAGCAGCAAAUUCAAAAUAUAUACCCCUUGAAGGGGACACAGCAGACUUCCCUAUCAUAAUCAGAGGAAAAGUUAUACAAUCCAUGGGCCAGAGUGGUUAUUGCUUGGGUUGGGAUGCUGACAUUUCCUCUUCGGAUGAGCGACCGGCAUCCUCCAAGUCACUCGUUAAGACAUUUUGUCUUAGCAGACGAAUAAAACAUAGGCGCGACAAUGGUUAUCAUCGUAACCCAAGGGUAGCGUCACAGCGCGCGCCUGGCUCGAGUCGCCGGAUCAAAACUCUGUCUCAGGACCUCGCAGCCACGAUUGAGGAAGACCCCGGAUACGAGGCUGAAGAUGACGAGCGUGGUCGAAGCAUCCUCAAGAGCAGGCGGUAUCCCCCACAGUCUCAAGGGUACAUUCAUGAACUUACUGGCUCGUUUCCUGAAUCGGAUCAAUCUGUAUACGAUACUGCGCCUGAGGCUACCACACCUCUGAGUGAGGGAGGCUCCUCGGAUCUCGCGCACGAAAGCUCACACUGCAUUGGAGGCAGGGACAAUAAACGCAAGGAACAUACGACAAUUGCUGUCUUUUGGUACUCAAGAUGGUUGUCCCCUCCCCCUAGCGAGUUUGCCUUUAAGGGAAACCACACACGGCGAUACUGAGUCGCAUCCAUGUUUGUAGGUUCCGACUCUCAAUGAUCAGAGGUGCCACGAUUGACUAUAG